CUGUCAAAUUGACAACAAAAGUAGUCGAAUUUGUUGAUGUGAACCGAUUAUUUAUUUUUAUUUUGCUGUUUUUAAAUGCUUUAAUUAAAAUAAUAAGCUCAAUAAUAUGUCACAACAGCUAGAAUUAUUAACAGAGAGUCCCUCACAAUGGACGGCUGUGUCGUUAUUAACGCCAGAAAUUCAAAAAAAGGAAAUUAAACCUUUUGUUAUUCUGGCUCUAAAAGAGUUGGAAGGUAACCCGGACAGCAGGACCUCUAGUUUGAUGAACACGGACAAGUUUGCAGCAGUGAGAGCAGUGGUCCGACAUUUCUCUAGACUGCGGUCUGCUACUAAAGAACCGUGGGGUGGCGAGGAUGUUAAGAUGUUUCUGGAAGGAUUGAGGUUCUCUCCGGACUGUGUAUCGGAGUUCACGACGCUACUGUGCACGGACAAGAUGUAUGAGAACAUACCGACACAUCUCCGCGUGAAGCCGGGGCUGCUCAGCAUCAGCUGGAAGAUCGACAUCUCGCUCUGCCAAUCAACAAUAGCAUCGGAAAACCCUUCUCCGCAGCGCGCCAAAGAAAUUAUUCAUCGCGACACGCAUAUAAUAUUAAUACUGCAUCUAACAGACGGACAAACACACAUGUACCGUCUAUCGUAUGAUAAGUUCCAUGAACUUAGGUACACUGUAGCCAGUGCUUUGAAGAGCAUGAUAGUGUUAGAGAAAAGGAAAUGUAUGAGAAAGGAAUGACAUACGUUUUCUUGGGGGUAAGUUAGGUUCAGUUUGUACUAGCGCAGAGUCGAAGCGCAUCGAAGCGUCUUUCCAAAACUGAACAUAACAAUUUUUUUUAUAACGCCUUUAAUCCCCAAAGGGGUAGGCAGAGGCGCACAUUAUGGCACGUAAUGCCAAUGUACACCCACUUUUCACAAUUUAUGUUGUAAGUCCCAUGUAAUAGGUGGUGUGCCUAUUGCCAUAUAUCGGGCACAUUUCCAGACUCCGUGCUAUGACUCAUAAAUUUUCGAAAAUCCAGAAAAAGUCCUGUUAUACUUCGUCCGACCCUGGAAUCGGACCCGAAACCACUUGUCCGGCAGUCGCACUUGCAACCACUCGGCCAACGAGACAGAACAUAACAAAUUCAACCUUAACUCCACAGCGUAACGCACACAUUACUUCUGAGAUUUUAAACAAGACGCGCGCAUUCGUUCGAAUUCGCGCGUCU